CUUUUCAACACUGCUUGAUAUGAUACCGAAGCAAUACAUUUUAUAACCUUCUCUUUCCGAACCUAAUUCCAACCAGCCUCGUCUUGGCUUUCAAAAUCAGCGAUCAUUUUUCUCAGUUCAAUGCUCGGCUCCUUUAGUCUUCCACCCACACUGAAGCACUGGUUCCAAGAUGAUUAACAGAAGCCAAUUUAUCUGAUUUGAAAAUACAGCUUCAGAUCUUAUUCCCUCUCUACGCAACCUGGGGAUUUUGGUUCACGGAGCAAUCCCAGCCACUUCAGCCAUAUCCCCGUGCCAAAUUGAGAGCGCAGAAAGCAACCGUAAAUACUGACUGCUCCGCGCCCUACUUCAUUUUGGCUCAAGUUUGGCUUCAGCUUCAUUCUGAAUCCACGCCAACUUCAUUGUGUUCAAUUGGAGGCACGCGCGGUGCAUCAACAGGCCUUCUGUGUUUGGGCGAGGGCUUAUGCGAUGAUGGUGAUGAUUGCGACGCACGAUCAGAUCUGAUUGAAGAAGAUGAAUAAGAGCAAAAGAGAAAGAGACCACGUUGUGGGUAGACUGAAUCUAGUCUCUAUAAACCCGGGAUCGAAUCCCCGCGGCUGCGUGGAUUUGUGAGAUGGGGAAGGGGAAUAAGAGCUUAAUGGGGUUUGAUUUGAAGGUGGUGUUGAUGGUGUCAGUGGCGUUGAAUGUGGUUUUGAUUUCGAGGGUUUUGUAUCGGGAAGAGGAUGAGAGAGAGAUGGGUGGUGGGGUUUGUUUAGAGAGUGAAGCGCAGGUUAGCAGGAGGAGAAAGGGGUUUGACGGAGCUGGUUCCGGCACGGAUGUUGUCGACGGUGGUGGUAUUAUUGAUCUUGAUCAGAUUCUUGGAAGAAGACCCGUUUUCUUUUCGGACAUUAAAGUUUUAUUGUCUAAAUUUCCCCGGUCAUCUUGCAUGUCCGACGGUUAGAUAAUAAGCUUUCUUGAAUGAAAGAAUUAUCACGGUGAAUUGCCGAUUCUCGUUGAGAUUUAUUCUCAUUUUCAAAAAAAAAAAAAAAACAAAAAAAAAACCAACCUUGGCCAGCUGUCUAAUCUAAAAUCUGUUACUAGAAAAAGAAUGAGUGAGCGUAAAUACUUUUUAGUUGUGCAAGGCCUUCUGUACAAUCAGCCGCAAGGAAAAUUCGUAUUGGGGAGAAAAAGGGUUAAUUACAAAUGAAAUGUUACUAACAAGGUAGUAUAGCUGCAACUCCCUUCUGACAGGUAGUUCAGCAAGAUGAUUUUCUCUAAUAAUUGUGACAUCUCUGUGCCUUAAUUUUAAUGUUUGGAUUUGGUAAUAUUGAUAUGAUCAUAUUGUUAAUAAUCUUAUUUUCAUUGUGAGUGGAACAUUUUUAAAUACAUUUAGCUUUUUUAAAAUUGGAUUUCUGUUUAUGAUUACAGAUCUGGUGGAUUAGUGGUGGCUUAGAAAACAUAGGAGGCAUAAGUUUUAAAAUGGGUUGGUUAUGUGGUAACACAGAUCAUACUAUCAUAGCUUUUAUGGGCGCCCUUCACAAUAAUGUGCAAACUUCCUCAACCAAGCGAAGCUUUCCUUAAUAAUGUAUUUCUAGAAUUGCAACCAAAAUAGCAAUUGUCAAGUAGAAUUAUACUCUUUUAAUUGCUAACACUUUAUUGUUUGUUAAUAAUUAUAAAAAAUUAUACUUGAUUCCUCUAGAAUUAUUAAAAAAUAAUAUGAUCUUAGUAUAAUAAUAUAAUUUGGAUUUUUACACGAGGCCCCUGUCUUGCACGUGUAGCAUGGCUUAAGUAGAAAGGGUAGGAAGAUAAAGCCAUAAUCUUGUGGGACUGUCCCUGACUAACCGCACUAGCACCAUUCACUGAGGUUCAUCCACUAUGGAUGAACCUAAUUUUGAACAGAGUAAGAAUAUGAAAUAGCAAUCAAACUUAAGCUUAAAAUAUUAGGUUCUACAUCAAGUAGGCUCAUGUCGCCGAAAAGUCUCAAGUAAAACAUAGGUCUCCACGACGAGUCAUUUAAAUGACUAAAUCACUAUAAAAUAUCCCUAUGUUCUACUUGAGACUUUUUAGUGAGAUGAGUGGCCUACUUGAUAUGAAACCCUUACAUUAUUACGCAAAUGAGAGAUUAACAAUCUUAUCGAAUCUUAUUUAAUCUUAUAAUUGUCUGUGUCAAUUUGCACUUCCCUGAACCAUGGUUCAUAUAAGUUAGAUAUUAUGAAUCCCGAAAGCCAAGAUGAUAAUACUGAUAGAUUUAGGGAUAAUCUAUUCAUAAUGCUGAGUUAGGUUCAACCAGUAAAAAGGUUGAUCGUAUAAAGUCAUAUUUAAAGGUGUGCACCAUGAACAUCAGUAGAUCUCAUCAAGUAAAUAAAAAUUCAAAAAGGACUGGAUCAGACAACUAUUUUAACCUAUGGUGAUCAUAUAUUGUGUUAUUGAAUUUUAUAGUAGCUAGAGUGAGUCUUGGUUGAUUUUUCUUUAAAAGUUUUUUCAUCCUUAUAUGAUUUCAGAGCUUUCAUUUGUUGUUUAAUUUUAUUUAUUCAUUUUCUUGUAGUUAUUCUGUUGAUUUUGGUCGACUUUUUAGGGCUUUUUGGAUGAAGUUGUAUGUUCGUAGAUAUAAUAUGUCAUAGUUUUUUAGUUUUUGUUAUAAUAUUAAUUGUUUUAUGUGUUUUUGUACCUUCUUCCAAGGUUUCUAAGGUCUCACUCACUUAUUUUAUUUUUCUCAUGCUAGAGAAAGCAAUAUAUGAGAUGUUGUGGAGUUUCAGAGUCCAUUAAUGCUCUGUUUUACCUUUUUGUAAUAUGUUAUAAUACACUAUUAAACUUUAAUGUUUUCGAUCAUAUAAGUUAUUUAUGGAAAUAUUUUGUAUAUUCUGGAUGUGGGAAGUUAUAAUGAAAGCAUCUGAUGCAGAACUUAAUGGAGCUAAUGGGACUAAACGUGUUAAUUGGACUCUUGUUAUAACAAGACUAGAGCAUCUCCAGCAGUGUCCUAGAGAGGUUCCCUAAAUAUAUGAUAAAUAAUUCAACUUCUAAAAAAUAGGGACUUUAUGUUGAUUGACAACUCCAACAAUGAUCCAUUUGUGUUCCCUAUUAUUAUUAUAAUAUUAAAUUCAAAAUUUUUUAACAAGAAGAUAACAAAAAAAAUAUGGGAAAGAGUGUACAAAAGGUGAGAGUUGAUUAUUUAAUCAUUAAAAAUCAAAUGAGGAAUGAGUUAGGGAUUACCUAUUUAUGGGGAAUGAGAGAUGGAUCCUAACAUUUAGGGAAUGAGUGGAGACUCUGCUGGAGUGGAUUUUUGUGCAUAUUCCUUAAAAUUAUAACUUAGGACCUCAUUUAGCUAAUCUGCUGGAGAUGCUCAAUUAACAGUGUUAACUGGACUAAUGGUGCAUUAGAGGAGGCUUUGCCACCACCUCCUCCCAACUGAAGAUGUUGUUCCCCUUCGUGUACAAAGAGAUGCUGAGCCAGUAAUGAUGAAGCCUCCACGUGUGCCUAUUGCGAGGCGUGGCCUGGCAUCGAAAGGGAACAAAGUUCAGCUUCUUACUAAUCAUUUCAAAGUCAAUGUGAAAAAUGUUGAUGGACAUUUUUUUCACUGCAGUGUGAGUUCCUUCUAUCAUGGUUCCAAAUUGUUAACUGACUAUAUAUAAUGGUGUGCCUGCUUUGUGUUUUACGUACUUUAAGUUGUCUUAUCCUUAUGCUCUUGUGAAUUAAGUUGGUCUGGUAUGCAGCAUCUAAUCCUGUGAACUUUGCCCUUUUUAUUCAAGAUGGUCGUCCGAUAGAUGGAAAAGGUAUUGGAUUUAUAUGUUGAGGCUGAUUUUAUUCCGGAGUACCAGAAGUGUGCUGGUGGUUUGCCAGUUUGGAUGUUGGCCAAAGGCCAGGACUGUGGUGCAGACUGGAUGGAUAUGAUAUGGCUAGGUUGUAUCUUGUCGCAAUAUUCCAACUUUACAUGUCUCAGAGAGUGUGAUUUGUCUUAGUGGAACUGUAUGUUUGUAUCCCUGGGUGUGUCUGAGUUUGGUGGUCAGUGGGAAUUUGUUUUGCAAGCUUGGAGGCUUUGGUUUAGUGCUGAAUUCAGGAUGUGGAAUUUUCGUAGCUGGAAUCUUCGUUGCUGAGCUCUGAUGGUUUCCUUUUUAUAAUUUUUUUUGUCUUCCAGAUUUUGGUGGUGGUCUUUGUUUAUGCUGCAGGUAUAUGGUAUUUUUUUUAUGCAUCCUUCAGCGCAGAGUUGUUUCUGGCAUUCUUCCUUGCUGCUGCAAUUUUUGUAAAUUGGAACUUGUUUCAAUUAUUUUAAAACAAGUUUCUUUUCACCUAAGAUAAUAAAGCACAUGACCACUAUAUGUAUUUAGUCUCAAUGAUGGAUGUAUUUUUCUAUAUCUAUUUUUUAUAAUGUAAUUACUAUUUUUAUUUGAUCA